AUAAAAAAAUUAAUGUAUAUUUAUUAGAAUUUAGAAAUAUGAACUGCAAGUUUACAUGUUACAAUUGAGAAUUGAAGGAAAAAUGAAAACAUGAAAUACUAAUCAAUCGGAAUCUCCGGCAUAGGUAGAGCCACCCUCAGUUAAUUCAUCCAUAAAGUUUUGGGAUGUGGUAAUGCCAAUUUCUUGAGCUCUACGGGUCGUCUUCAACCAAUCAUGGUAGAAUAUAAGCGUCUCAAUGCAAGAGAUUAUGCGCUUCACCUCGUUCUAGAUUGCGUUAGGACAUUGCCGACCGAACUAAAUUCUUGUUCCACGGCAACUGUUGAAACCGACAUUGAUAGCACUUGCUUAGCCAUCUUUGCUAAAACCAGGAACAUUCUUUCUUUUCCCUUCCACCAGUUUAGAACAUCAAAAUCAUCAUCUUCUUCAAAAUCAACAUCAUAUGUUAAAUACAAAGAAAUCUCAUUAAUUGUGCUUUGUUGAGUAGCGAGAGUUGUUUUAGUUUUUUAAUAAGAUUGUCAAAUGUAGAUUUCAAAAUUGAUUUUCUUUUAGAUGAAGAUGUUUGUGUCGAGGGAGGGGGCGUGUUGCCAUAUUGUGCAUGAAACUCAUUAAAUAAUGGGAGAUUUCUCAAAAUAGGAGUAAAUGAAGUUUGAAAUUCCAAAGUAGGACUACUUUGUUUUUAUUCCCGAAAUGGGACUAACAUGGCAGUAAUUACUGUCAUCUUGUAGCCGUGACUGCCAAAUAGUUGCAGUACAGUGCAUUUAACAUGACAAUAUUUAUUAUAAUUAAUGACAGUAUUUUUCAAUCAUGGCAGUAUUUUUCAUACAUGACAGUAAUACAGCCCGGGUUGAUACCGGGUCCGGGCCUAACCGGUCCGGGCCGGGCCGGGCCCGGUUCGAUGUCUAUUUUUUUUUUUGCUUUCUUGUUAUCCCCCGAUCCCCCCUCACCCCACCCCCCAAACCUCCCCAAAACACCCAGCCAUAGCCUAGGAAAAGAAAAAAAAUUGAAAAAACAAAAAAAAAGACCCGACCCUGGCCCGAACCGCUCGGGCCGGUUCGCCCAAAACUGGGCCCGAGCCCGGCCCGCCCGACCCGCCCGACCCGCCCAAACGAGCUAAAAGCCCGGAACCGGCCAACCGGUCUCGGUCCGGUCCGGGCCCAAACAGUACAGGGCCGGUUCGGUUCUUGGCCGGUUCGGCCCGACCCAGUCCAUCCCUAGUUUACAUUGAUGAGAAAUAUAAUAAAAAUACCUCAAACUUUGAAGGGAUGUGAGGUAAAUACUCAAAACUUGCAUAUAUAAUUUAAAUACCUCAAACUAUAUGUGUAUUAUAAAAAGUUAUUUUCACACUAUAUCAUAUACUACCUCCGUCCCAAUUUACUUAACCAUCUUUGACUUAUCCAGUCAAAGGUAGUAAACUUUGACCAAUUAUUUAAACUAAUAUAUUUAUGUAAAAUUUAAUAAUUUUAUACUUUUAUGAUAAUAUUUUUAACAAAGAACAUUUUCAUAUUAUUUUCAUAUUAUUAAUAUUUUCUCUAGAUAAACAUAUAAUCAGUCAAAAUUAGACGCCAUUAACUUGAAAAGUCAAGAUUGACUAACUAAAAUGGGACGGAGGGAGUAUUAUUGUUUUCAAAAAAUGUAAGUUUGAGGUUAAUUGCAUAAUUUAAAAUAGCAAAUUAAAAGUGUUGCAAUUAUAUAGAUUGGGGGUAAUAUUAUUUAUUUCGCAAUGGAAGUUUAGAAUAUUAAUUGUGUCUUCAUGAAUACUAAUAAUUUUAAAUUAUGCAAUUAAUUUACAUUUUAGAAAGAAAUAGUACUUGACUAUGGUGCUAAUUAAACUUUUUACAUAAAAUUUGAAAUAUUUAAAUUAAAUAUGCAAGUUUGAGAUGUUCAUUUCACCUCCCUCCAUCUUUCAGGGUAUUUUUAAUUAUUUUUCCCUCAAUUGAUCUUGAUCCUUCCAUGUACCAAAUUGUACAAAAAUUUAAUCCCAAUGGCAUUUAUAUUUCUCAUUUCUAAAUCUUCUGAUCAACCCUAACAUUCAUAUAUUUUCUCAGAUGGCCAGAUACGGCCAUCUUGAAAGAGAGAGCCCCGGGAAGGUGGGUUUAGUCCAAUGGAUGACCAUCCACCCCCAAGUCUCUCCUUUGUGGGAGGUCUUGGAUUCAAUUCCCACCAAGGGAGAUGAGGGAGGUCUUGCUCCCAAUGAUUCUCCCUACCUUCACGGAGUUGCUCAGCGGCCGAGAAGGGAAAGGAUGGUAAUGAAUGUAGCGGGUUCGUGUGGUGAGAGGAGCAGCCUGAAAGAUGAUGUAAGUCCUGCUGGAUUCGUCCUUUGGAGCCAGUACUGACGAGGCUGACUGUGAUCAGAUUCGGACUUAACUGUCUAAGGGCUUUGGAGGGUAGUUCAUAAACUCCAGGAUUAUGGGCACCUCAAUUAUCAAAAAAAUUGUAAGAGAGAGCCCCAGUUUCGUACUUUGUGCCUGACAACUGACAAGCAACGGAAACUGCUUUCGACUUUAGUUUCUACUCUCUACUUCUUCCCCUAUUUUUUCAUAUUUCUAAAAAAAAUACUCUAAAUAAGAAUAAAAACAUUUGUAAAUUACUCCCUCCGUCCCGAAAUAAUCGUCCUGUUUUGACCUUCACACAGACUAAGAAAACAAAGUUGAUUUCACACUGUAGCGACACUGUUUGGCACUGUAGCGACACUGUUUGGCACUGUAGCGACACUGUUUUGUAUAGAUUUGUUUACCAAACAAGGAAAGGAGACAAUUAUUUCGGGACGGACCGAAAAGGAAAGCAUGACAAUUAUUUCGGGACAGAGGGAGUACAAGAUAGGAGUGUUAUACUUUUAUUGAAUUAAUUCCACUUUUAGUCCUACGAAUUUUGUGUCAAUUCCACCUUUAGUCCACAUAUUUCACUUUGUCUACUUUUGGUAGUUAAUGUUUCUAACCGUUUGUGGGCCUUUUCCGGCGACUUUAAGCACCGGAAACAAUGCCGGAAGGACCAUAUAUGAGCGAAAACCCAAUGGUUAUGUAUCAAAAGUGGACAAAGUGAAAAAUGUGCACUAAAUGUGGAGUUGAUCUAAAACUCGCAUGACCAAAAGUAAAAUUUAUUCUACUUUUAUUCAUCAAAUAGGAAUAAUAAUAGUCAUAACUUGAAAAAUAUGUCACUUAUGACAUGUAUAAGUGACAAUAUUUUUCAAUAACAAUUAUUCAUACUCGAUAUUUAAAAAAAUACUACAUUCUAUUAAAUCUAACAGGAUGAUUUUGUUUGGAUUUACGACAACCCCAAAUUCACCCGGAGAAAAUCGACCUUACAAGUUAAAAACAUUACCCGCCACCAGUUUCAAUCUACAGCGUUACUGUUCAGAGGUAACCGUCUACUAACCGCUAAACCUCCAACUAACCACAUUUCCUUCUUUUUCUCCCUUGCAAAUUAAAAUUAAAAUAAAAAUGUAUUUUUUACAUAGUUGUAAAAACCUUGGCUAACCGUAAAUCUCUAUAAUAGUUGAGAAUUAUUGGUGUCGAAUUACUUAUGGGUUAAAAACUGCGUGUUUUUACUUUUAAAUUAUUGAAGUAAUUCUUACUUGGGAUUUAUCAGACCAUGCAGAUAUACAGCCACGUGGUAUUACUUUUGGAAACGUGUUAUUCUCUUGUCCCCUGAUUCCCUGAAAACAAUUUCUGUAUAUUGUUAUUUAUUAUUUUUAUAAUUUAAAAUUAUAGAUUUCCCAUAUUUUCUUCAUGUUCCAAAGAACAAAAAAACAACUGGUGAGAAGAAAUUCCCUCCAUUGGUUGACCCGACGUUUUUCUCUCGGCUGUGAAAUGUGAAAGACCAACAGGUGACCAUUGGAUUCGUAGAAGGCUCCACGUGGCAGAAUCCAGAGCCUAGCUGGCAAAAGCGUGAGGGCGUAGAACCGGUCUUCAGGGGUUUCAGUGUCCGAAACAUGGUUUUACCGAUAGGUCCGGUAACCGUAGCCCCCUGUAUAAAACUGAGGUUUAAGACAUGGGGGAAAAGGUGGUUUUCACAGGGUUUUUCUUCCUUUUCUUUUCUUCUUCUUCAUUUUGCCACAAGAAAGAUAACAGCCAUGGACGCCUAUAUGUGAGUUUUUCCAGUGAUUGAAGGGCAUGGAAAUUCUGGGUUUUUGACAUUUUGAUUCUUCUUUACAUUAUUUUUUUUCCUUUUUGGGUCUUGAAAGUUUCCCAGUGGUCUCCACCAUUCUCCAAUUCUUCAUUCCAUUGUUGGAUUGUGUAAAGUUUAGAUCUUUUUGCAAAGAAGAAUAUACCCUGAGAUCGAAUUCCAGUUAAAUUUGACGCAGAGUUGGUUAGUUUAAAGGCUGCAUGGUUUUCAUUUCAACUUCUUCUUGACAAUCUUCCUUGACAAAAUAUGGUGUUGCAUAAGGGAUUAGAUAACAACAAUGGAUUUAUUGGUUAUGAAGCUCCCCCAAUACCACGAUCCACCAGAUCAACCAGGAAGAGGGGCAUUAUCUGGAGGAAACCUGAGGUUAAUGAACAAAAAUGUGCAUUUGACUUAUUAGCCACAAUUGCUGGAAAUAUACUGCUGGAGGAAGGACAAAACUCUCCCUCUUCUGCAAACACAUCUUCUUCUACUAAAGACAGCAUUAAGAAGGAAAAACAGAAUGAAGAAGAAACCUUGGAACACCAACCUUGCGAUCAUGGUGGCUAUGAAAGGCGGUUCUUUCUUUCUGAGCUUGUCUCACAAGAACAUCCUCUCCGAGAUAACGCAGAACAUGACACGUGGCCAUCUGCAUUGACAACAACCUCGUCUGAUUGUUCGGAGAAGCUUGAACUUGGAAGCUUAAACAGGAAGGAUGGUCCGGAUGUUUCGGGAACCAAUGUCUCUUCUAGCUGUCAGUUAGGGUUUGAAUUUGGAAAUGGAAGGAACGAUCUGGAUUUAAAGCGCCAAAGGUCUCUGAAAGAUUACCCGUUCAAGAAAAGGAAGCUUUAUGAUGAUAAAAACUCGGUUUCCAUUUCUGAAGCUGGGCGCUCUAAUGAAGAUGCUUCCAGUUAUACUCUAACAGCGGGAACACCAAAUCCUGCAGCAGCUGAAGGUGGAUCCUUCAGAAGUAACGAUUCCCCUGUGAAGCUCAGAAUAAAGUCAUUCAGAAUCCCGGAGCUGUUUAUUGAAAUUCCAGAAACUGCGACUGUUGGUUCUCUAAAGAGGACAGUGAUGGAGGCAGUGACAACAAUACUCGGUGGUGGACUACGCGUUGGUGUCCUUUUGCAGGGUAAGAAGGUUAGAGAUGAUAGCAAAACAUUAUUACAGUCCGGAAUCUGUCAUGAUAACAACAUGCUCAAUGCCGUUGGUUUCACACUUGAGCCCAAUUCUUCUCAAGAUUCCCCACAUCCAGUGUCUCCAAAAGACCAUCCUUUUGUACUUUCUCGCGACUCGCCUGAACCACUAGCAAGUGUGGGGCGUAGUGGAGUCGAAGCGAAACGAAAUGAUGCUCGUCGAGGGAUGCGCAUGAUCAAUUUCAUUGGAAGUGCUCAUGAUUCAGCUACAUCAAUUAAUAAGCGUGGCGCAUCAGAUGAUUCAAGGGCAUUGGUUGCUGUUCCAAACCGAAACAUGGAAGCCCUGGCUAUGGUGGCUCCCUCACUGAGAAAACCAAAGAGAUCAGAGACAGCCCAACGCCGAAUCCGUCGGCCUUUCUCCGUUUCUGAGGUGGAAGCACUUGUUCAAGCUGUCGAAAAGCUCGGAACUGGAAGGUGGCGUGAUGUUAAGCUGCGCGCCUUCGACAAUGCAAAGCAUAGAACUUACGUUGAUUUGAAGGACAAGUGGAAAACACUGGUACAUACUGCAAGAAUAUCCCCUCAGCAAAGAAGAGGUGAACCGGUGCCCCAAGAGCUACUGGACCGGGUCUUGACUGCACAUGCCUACUGGUCCCAACACCAUUCUCCAACUUGCUUACUGCUCUAAGAUUAACCCUUCACUGCACUUAACCUCUCCCCUAAUAAUAAAAUUUGACCAUAAGUAGGAGAUCGAUUCUUCUUUAAUUUUGGCUCUUGUUUCUUUCAACUUUCCUUCAGUUUAAGUCAGUAAAUGCAGUAUGUAUAGAAUCACUUUUCCCCCUUGCUGGGAAGGGAUCACUCUUGUAAAUGUUUAAUCAAACAAGAGCCAUGCAUGAAGGCAUGCAUCUUCAAUUCUUCAAGAUGCUUUUCAUUCUUUGAUAUGGGGGUGCGAAUUGUAAUUCACUCCAUUCCCAUGGGUUACUCAAGUGAAUUCUAAAUGCUCCAUUCAUCCCAUUUGGCUAAUUAAAGCUAAAUAAAAAAUAAAAUUGUG